AUGAGCUGCCCUUCUUCGAUUCUGCGCUUGAUAGCAAAUAAUACCAAAGACUCUGCCAAAAGAACGUACAAUCUCCACAUCCCCUGCUAUGUGAAACCCAACGCGUCUACUCGGCGAACAGGCAUCACAGCAGUGGGAACUACCCGAGUUGACGUCUCCGUGGCCGCAGUUCCCCGCGACGGAGCUGCCAACCUGGCCGUUUCGCAGGUCAUUGCAGAGGUCUUCAAAGUCCCGAAAUCCACAGUCGCAGUCAUCCGCGGAGCCAAGGCUCGCGAAAAGACCUUAUGCAUUGCAGAUCUAGUCAUUGGCGAUGAGAGCGAGGAAGUAUUCCUCCAGCGGUCAAUGCAAAGACUAAUCGAUGCGACUGAAAGCAAAAUCCAUUCAAAGUAA